UCACCUCUCUCACUUUCGUGCCGUCGUUUCCGGGACAAACGGCCUAUCAACAUCCGGGUCCGCCUACGGAGGCUGAGAGGUUUUUAGUCUCUCCUUCUCCGCCCCCUGAAACCCUGUGCAACCCGCUGGUCCUGGAGGGUCGCGGUUCUGGGCGCUGGGAGCAGGCACCCACCCUGCCAGCCAUUUACCCUCCCCGCUUGGCCUUGGGGCUUGGGACCCCGAGAGGCCGAGAUUCCAGCCCGGGAGCCCUAGACGAUCAGUCUGAAAGAAUGGAUUUUACAGAGGCUUACUCAGAUACGUGUUCUGCUGUUGGCCUUGCUGCCAGGGAAGGAAAUGUAAAAACCCUAAGGAAACUGCUCAAGAAAGGAUGUAGUGUUGACGUUGCUGACAACAGAGGAUGGAUGCCAAUUCAUGAAGCAGCUUAUCAUAAUUCUGUAGAAUGCUUACGGCUGUUAAUUCGUUCAGAUUCAUCUGAAAGAUAUGUUAAAAUGAAGACUUUUGAGGGCUCUUGUGCAUUGCAUCUUUCAGCAAGUAGAGGAUUCUUGAUGAUAACAAAAAUCCUUUUAGAAGCUGGGGCAGAUGCUAACGAAACUACUUUAGAAGAAACUACUCCACUAUUUUUGGCUGUUGAAAAUGGACAUGUAGAUGUGGUAAAGCUGUUGCUUCGGCAUGGAGCAGAUGUUAAUGGAUCUCAUUCUAUGUGUGGGUGGAAUGCCCUGCACCAGGCAGCUUUUCAGGAAUACACUGAGUUAAUAAAAUUGCUUCUCAAAAAAGGAGCAAACAAGGAAUGCCAGGACGACUUUGGGAUCACACCUUUAUUUGUUGCAGCCCAAUAUGGAAAGCUGGAAAGUUUGAAUGUACUUAUUUCAUCUGGUGCUAAUGUCAAUUGUCAGGCUAUGGACAAAGCUACUCCAUUAUUCAUUGCUGCACAAGAGGGCCAUAUAAACUGUGUGGAGCUUUUACUUUCUAAAGGGGCAGAUCCCAAUCUUUAUUGUAAUGAGGACAAAUGGCAGUUACCUAUUCAUGCAGCUGCACAAAUGGGUCAUAUAAGAAUCUUGGACUUGCUAAUACCAAUUACUGAUAGAAUUUGUGACACUGGUCUGGACAAAGUGAGUCCUGUAUACUCAGCAGUGUUUGAAGGUCAUGAAGACUGCCUAGAAAUGUUACUUAAAAAUGGCUACAGUCCAGAUGCCCAACCAGGUCUAGUCUUUGGAUGCAGUUCUCCCAUGUGCAUGGUCUUCCAAAGGGAUUCUAGGUACUUCGGAAUGGUGGAUAUUUUUCUGAAAUAUGGAGUUCAACUAAAUGAAAUGCAUUUGGCAUACUGUCUGAAGUAUGAGAAGUUUUCAAUAUUUCGGUACUUCUUGAAAAAAGGCUGCCCAUUGGAAACAUGGAACCAUUUGUCUGAGUUUAUAAAGCAUGCAGUUAAAGCACAAGCAAAAUACAAGGAAUGGCUGCCAUCUCUCCUAUUAGCAGGAUUUGACCCAGUCAAUCUACUGUGCAGUUAUUGGAUUCACUCAGUUGAUGAUGAUAUCCUCAACUUUAGCCUGGAGUUCACUAAUUGGAAGCGGCUUCCCCUUGCUGUUGAGAAGAUCCUCUCUGCUCAUGCAGAAAGCUCUUCCUGGGUCCCGCUUAAUCAUUUUGUUUCUGUUCCUUCCCUGACUCACCUCUGCCGCUUGGAAAUUCGGUCCAUUCUAAAACCAGAACGCCUGCGAUCUGAUAAUUUUAUCCGUCAAUUACCUCUUCCCACUAGCCUGCAUCAUUAUCUGCUCUAUGCAGAAGUCUUGAGAAUGAAUGAAGUUCCUGAACUGAUACUUACUCAGAAUGGAGAGACCAUUGAAACCAGUUAAUGGCUCAUUUAUUACUUUGAAGAUGAAGAGGAGAGUUGUAAAGUUGCUUCCUAUGUUUGGACAUUAAAACCAGGGGACUUUAGCCAAUGCCUGGGGCUUUUCCUUAUGAAACUAUCUAUUGUGAAGCGCUGUUAUUGCUACAUUGCUGGUUUAUGCUAUAAACCUUAGUCAUGUUAUUUGCUGUGAUAUUCAUUUUGUUGAACCAUUUCCUCCCUCUUCAUUGAAAUUUUCAACUCUUUUGUCCUUUUAUGAAUUUUCGAUCUGGACUAUGCUGCUGCUUCUUAACACUAGUGAUUUAAAAAGUAUGUUUUCAUCAACUGUUUUGUAUUUACCUGGAUUGGAAACAUUUAGUGGAAUGUAUGUAGCCUCAGUGGAGCUAUUCACAGCAGAUGUUGAGCAUUUUGUAUAGAUUGGCUGUAAUGUUGAUAAAAGAACUAGUUCCUCA